GCGAAGCAGCAAGUUGUUGAAACUGCAUGUGUCAGGACUAACCUAUAAUAAAUUAUGGCAGAGGAAGACGAGAAGGGAUACAGAUGGGAAACCGAAUAUGAAAAGACUUGGGAAGUUAUCGAAGAAGAUGAUGAUGGUACUAUCCAGUCAAGUGUUGAUGACAUCAUACACAAGGCCAAAAGGAGACGUCUCCUGGAAAAACUUGGCAAUGUUAGACUUGGCAUGAUGCGGCAUAUGUUCCUGGUGAUAGAUAUUUCAGAGGCAAUGAAAGAUCAGGAUCUCAAACCUACUCGCCUGGCAUCAACACUCAAGCUUCUGGAACAUUUUGUGGAGGAAUACUUCGAUCAGAACCCUAUCAGCCAGCUUGGUAUCAUAACAACUCGUAACAAGAGGGCAGAAAAGGUCGCAGAGCUAGGAGGAAACCCGCGCCGUCACAUCACUACACUGCAGUCUCUUGUCAAUAAAACCUUCCAGGGAGAACCAUCACUUCAGAAUUCUCUUGAUUUAGCCAAUCAGACACUCAGACAUAUGCCUAGUCAUGCAAGCCGUGAAGUGUUAAUUGUCCUUGGCAGUCUCACGUCUUGUGACCCAGGAGAUAUAUCGGAGACGAUACAGACAAUGAAAGAAAACAAUGUGAGGUGCUCUAUCAUAGGUCUUGCUGCUGAAGUCCGCGUGUGUAAGAGGAUUUGCCAAGAAACAAAUGGUAAAUAUUUUGUGAUACUGGACGAAGGUCACUUCCGAGAUCUCCUCAUCUCCCAUGUAACACCACCCCCAGCAACAAGCAACACAGAGUCUUCACUGAUCAAGAUGGGGUUUCCUCACCAUAAUUUGAGUGGAGAUAAGAGAAAGGGAGAGAAGGCUUCCAUGUGUAUGUGUCAUCUGGACAGCAAGGUAAAUCAGGGAUUUAGUAGCAGUGGGUAUUUCUGUCCCCAGUGUAAGAGUAAAUACUGUGAGCUGCCCAUCGAAUGUAAAUCAUGUGGUUUGACGUUGGUAUCGGCACCACACCUGGCUCGGUCAUAUCACCACCUAUUUCCACUCGACACAUUUGUGGAGACUCCAGUAUCCAGUAUACCUACAGAGUCAACCAUAUCCUGUUAUUCGUGCCAAAUAGCUGUGCAAGAACCAAAUGUGUACCAGUGUGGGAAGUGCCAGCAACUAUACUGUCUUGACUGUGACUUGUAUAUCCAUGAAACUCUUCAUUCCUGUCCCGGCUGUGCCUGUUCUAGGGAAACACAACAAUCCUCACAGCAGUUUGCUGGGUUAUCCUGACGAGUCCAAUUUAAUUUUGUUAUCCCUUUUAUAUUUUUGUAUGUUGUUAACGAACAAAUUAAACCUUUGUAAAUAAAAAAAAAAUAAAAAAAUU